AAAUAUGUGUAUUUAAGUUAUUGCCGUGAUUUUUUGAUAAGGGAUAAUCUUACUCUGCGUAGAAUCAUUAAUUCAUCACAGCUCGGGAAAGUUUAAUCCACUUAAUCUCUGAUACUCUCUGAUUUCGCAUUAUGAAAGGCGUCAUCGCUAGAUUAUUGGCACAUCUUUGAGUUCAAAGUUUGAACUUGAAACUGAAUCUGAAACCUGUGAAUAUGAAAUGAAACGUGUUGUUAGUAGGUAUGCUAAUUAAUUAACUGGGAUUUUCCAGCAGCUUUGAAAUCAAGUUAGUUUGUGCGUAAGGCUCGUAUGAUAUAUGAUCCUCGUCAGGUUAGAUUAAAUUAACAAAUACAUGCAUGAAGUAAAUUUUAUGAUUUUUUUGUGAUAUGGCCCACACUACUUUCUGAAAUUCAUUGAAAAAUAAAGCUGAAAUUCGGCAUCAAGAUGCCAGAGCACAACAGACUGAAGAAUGAGGUAAAAUUUAGAAAUAAUAAAUUACGAGAUAGCAGGGUGAGUGACCCAUGUUUCUUUGUAGCGUCGAAAGCUCGUAACAAUAAAUUGUUUUAUAUCAACAACCAUGUCUUCCAAGAAUUCUACCAUUAUGUUUUUUGAAGUUUUCCGAGAAAACCUGAAAUUUUACAUGCUAGAUUAUGAAAACAUUUUUGACGAUUACGAAUAUUUAGUAGUUGGAUCAUAAUAACUCUGACUCGGGCUGAGAAUUCUCUGAAUUUUCUGUAAAAAUAUCUGUGUUCGUUGUCAUGCCGUGCAAAUUUCAAUCCGAUUUUCCUAAAAUUUAGGUAGCAUGAUGAAAUCACAAUUUCAAAUUGUCACGUCUGCUUGUCUCAUCACCCAGAAGAAUUUCAGAACCUUUUCUCCGUAUCAUUGUAAUAAAUCUGUGUGCGUGUCGUCAAGAUCGUCAUCAUGAGUGAAGAAGGAGCAGCAGCCGGGGGUGCGGCAGGUGAUGGUGGUGCAGAUGUUGAAGAGUUCGUAUUGGAGACAGCCCCCUUCGACCCUCGUUUUCCUAACCAGAAUCAGACCAAGCACUGCUACACGAGCUUUUUGGACCACAAACGAUGCGUCAAAGCCAGAGGAGAGGAAUUUGCUGCUUGCGAGUACUUCCGACGUGUGUACACAUCCCUCUGUCCAAAUGCGUGGGUGGCCAAGUGGGAGGAGCAAAUCCAGGCGGGGACUUUUCCAGGAAAUAUUUAGUAAAAUUAGUUCUGUACAAAAUUUCAUUAUCUUGCCUUCCAAAUUUGUGCCGUCUUUUUAAUCUGAUACAUAAACACUUGUUGAACAAAUAGGAAUAUGAACAUUUGCUAUGGUAGAAAGGAAGCAUAUGAAUAAAAUCACGGUAAUUUAUAGAUUGAUUCGUGAUACUGCAUGA